AUGAGGUCCUGCGGCGCAGCCGAUGACUCACGGCUGGGGUCUUUGAACAUCGUUCCAGUCAUUUGUCCUCCAACACUUCCUAAGAUUGUGGCCGAAUGGGCUAGUGUCAUCCCACUAGUGAUUCAUCUCGCGACAAAUCGGAACGACUACAUCACCACUGGUGAAGUGGCACUUCUCGGUCGAAUCUCCCUUGAGAUCUUCCCGAAGCUUGGGGCGCUCUCCAGCCUGGCAAGAUUGUUGCAGUGCGGGCCAGGGUUCCUGGAUCAGGCCAGCAUCCGAGGUGGCGAAAGCCGAACGGUCUGGGACGUGCGCUGGGGCUCUGUAUUUCCUGCAGCUAAUGGUGCCGCCAGCAUUGCCAUCAUCGAUUAUGUCUUGAGUAGGACUCAGAAGACUCCUGUCAAGAUGCCCGACAAGGUUCCUACCACUGCCGAGGCUAAGCAGGAAGCUCCUUCGGAGUUGGCUGAGACAAAUAAUCAAAACAUAAGGGCGCCAGCAAAAGUGACCAAUCCAAGGCUGAGGCCUGUCCUGCCAGACCAGCAACCAUCGAUCGUUGGCCCAUCCCGUAGGUACCAAACCCUGCAUAUUCUUUACUUCAGAAAGGGUCCCCAGCCCAGGCCGACCAUUUUUUCGUUGAAUUGGUUUGUGGUUGCGAGCCAUAUAAUGACAUUCUUGAUUCUUGUCAACGUUGCGAUAAUCCUCUCAAUUGGCGGUUUGUUCGGCAGUGCCGCCAUCCUGUUCUUCGGCGCAGUGUCUCGGGUAGUGUCCCCGGGCAUCUCCAUCGAUAGACCUCCCGGCUAUCUCGUGAACAAUGAGAAUCACGAUGCGUGUAUGCUUCUGGCUUCGCAUCCAAAUGCAAUGGAGUGGUAUCUAAACAUUGGAGACCGGUCCAUAGUCGACACGCUUCUUAACAAGCCGAUGCUUCAGAUUAUUGCUGACUCUCGGACGAUGCUAAUAGGGCACUGGUUGAAUAUUGCGAACACCAUUCAGUUAGCAGCGGUUACAUUUGUUGCGGCCCAGAAAGGGUGGGAUGGGGUUUCCCUUAUCGUGUUAAUGGCGAUUGAUGGUGCCGUUCGCUGGCGCUUUCGAGGUAGGAACCUCGCACGUAAUUGGUUAGAGCGUGAGGGCGUUGAGGUUGUAUACAAAACCUUCCUCUUUACUUCGCGUUCCUCUAUGAUUGGUGCUAUCCAGCUCUAUAGCAAGACAAAGGUGACAAAUUGGAUUGAUAGCAUUAUGACGCCUCAUCCGCGGCGCGAUGCUUGGUUGCGAAGCUUACUGGGCGAGCAAUGGGAGGGGUCGCUCAAUAACGCUGAUCGUGAGUGGGUGAAGCUUCAAAGGGACCUGUCGUGUAUUGGUGCAAGGUUAGUAUCAAAGGAGCUGGAGGCUGAGAUAGUUUGA